AAAUUAAGGGCUGUUGGCCAUGCACCCUGGAUCCAUCCAUAUGCAACAACUAAAUCAUUCUAUAUGCACACUCCCUGGAUCUCUUGAUAUGGCAAAAAGGCACAAAAAGGAAAAGAAAAAAGAAAAAUGAGGAAUCAUGCUUCCAAUUUGUGUGUCAUUGAGGACACUCUUCAUCAAAAGCAGUAGUGUGAUCAAUUCAUAAUCCAGCAGCAUCUAGCAAGAAGAUAUAUGCUUCUUAUGCACUUAGUUUAGAGUGUCCAUAACGUUAUUUUGAGACUGGGGAGUAUAGAUUUUCCGUUCAUCAUCACAUCUCCAUCUGCCAAAACCCAUCACCCUCUGCAUAAAAGGAAGCAAAUAAACCAAAGACUAGUUGUUGGAUCAGAGACUGAAAAUAAAUGUGCAAUUGCAGCAAAACUUUUUCUAUUUACUAUUAGAAUAAUUUCAAGCCUUUUAUCCAAGAAUAACUCUACAGUUCAAUUUGCAGGAGCCUUACAAACCAAAUUCAUGGGAGGAAAUGGUCCCAUACUAACACCUAACACGUACAUGUCAAUCGGAGAAUGGAUCAUAUGGUAUUGUCAGGGGCUGUGAUAAGAUAUGCCUAAAGAAACUUUAGUCAGCCAUAGCCAAUCCCUUCACUGGCUUUGUGAAUUGCAAGUAGCAAGUGUUCCUGAAGCCGUUCAGGAAGGUCCAGGGAGGUCUAGUUGAGUAAAAUUGAAGAGGAAGAAGAAAAAAUACCAAUCCAAAUCAGAGAUAAAAUUGCAAU